UGCAAGGCUUGAUUGAGAGAUACAUGAAGUGUAACCCGCUUGGAGCUCAAACUGAACAGCCCAGAGAUAAGCAAGCUCUGGAUCUAAAGGGGGAGAUUAGCUUGCUGAAGCAUAAGAUUGAUGGACUUCAGAAAGGGCUGAGAUUCAUAUCUGGAGGAGGAACUGGUGCUAUGACGUUGGAUGAAUUAAAUGAUCUUGAGAAACAUCUUGAAGUAUGUGUUUAUCAGAUCCGCUCGACAAAGAUGGAUAUUAUGUUUCAAGAGAUCGAGUUGCUCAAGAAUAAGGAGAGGAUACUGAAAGCAGCAAAUGAGCAUUUACAGGAAAAGAUAGAUGAGCAGUAUGGGAUUAAUAAUCCCAUGCAACAAGUGCUGACUGAUAGUCAAUAUCCAUUAUGGACUAACAUCCAGUGCCCAUUAACCAUAUCGAAUGAAAUAUAUCAGUUCUAACACAUGCCUUUUUUUUUUCAGUAAUUAAUUAAUAUAUAUGAGUCUAGUAAAAAAUAGAGUUACUAUUUGGUACGUUGUAUUGGAGAUGUGGCCAGUUAAAAUCAUUUUGUUAGAUUAUAAACUAGCGUGUCCUUGAACAGCUCAUGCCGUUGUAAUAACUUGUGAAAUUUUGUAAUGAU